AUGAUCAUGAUACAGUCGCGUAUAGCGACAAGACUACUGUCGAUAAUAGUGCAUCAUCGGCAAUUGACGUAUCUAAGCGACCGGUGGGUGAAAGAGCCAUUUGAAUUGGGCUACCCCAACUUCGAUAGCACUAUAGCCCUGGAAAAGGCAAAAAUCCAUGACAUACUCUUUGGAGAUAGCAAUAGAGGCGGUGAUGAGUCAAUAGAUAAUCUCGAGCGUCCAUUGAGCCACUAUCAUUCUAAACCAAAGGAUAUUGUGGGCCAAGGAUUGUACGCAUUAGAAACGGGCUACAAGACAAAAAACCAUUUGAAAAUUCUCUGGAACAAGUUAGAUGAGAAGGAAAAAACGAGAUUAACGUCCAGUCCCAACAGAGAGCGAUUAUAUGAUGAGCGAAUCCGAGUGUGGAAGGGUUACGAAGUGGUGGAGCAUCUCAAGCGUAACUCGGACAAGUACAACUGGAAUCCGUAUCCUUUGCUGGGGCUAUUUCCAUGGGAGAUAGUCAAGGAUAAGCUCAGAAACCGGAAGCCGGUGAUGGCUUUUGAACAGGACUACUACGAUGUGUUGAUCAAAGAAGCAUUUAGUGGAAAUAAAAGAAGAACGGCAUAUCUGAUAUUCUAUGCCGAUAUCAAAAAUCAACGCCGUUUGGGCAGUAGAGCCUGGAUGACUGUAUCGAAGCUAUAUGAACAAUUACCUCCAGAAAGAAGAGAGUACUACGAAGAAAGGGAACAGAGAAGAAAAGUUUUUAUUCCCGUGCAAAAGGCUCCUGUGGGACAUCCGCCUUUUCAUGUCUUCUUUGAUGAGUACAUUGAACAGAAUUCGACUUCUUCUAGACCUCUUCUCGGGGCUUCGACAAGAUGGGCAGCAAUGACCGACGUAGAAAGACAAAACUACACACCAUUGGAUUCCAAGUACCAUCAUACAAGAGAGUACAAGGAGAGAAAGCUCCUUCUAAUGACCCAUAUUGUCUUGGACUACAUCUAUCAUGUCGGAGGUGUUGAAGGAGUUGAUGGUAGCUACAGUUGGGUUCAAGACAUGAAGGAGAGAACAGUUGGGUUUACGUAUCUCCACAAGAUGUACACAGAUGAUAAAUGGGAUAUGUAA